ACAAAUCAGGAGAACGACAGCCCCAAAUGCACUCUCCUUUCAAAAUUCCUGCAUCAAGUCAAGCAAUCCAGGCAAGUACAAACAUUGCCUGUUAAUCCUGACCUGCUACAGAGGUAGAGCUAAGUCUGUACAAGUACUGUUGUACACUGUAAAACAGUGCUAAAGCACUUGAAACAGGGCUCACUAGUCAUAUUCAUAGAUAAAUCAUGACAUAAACUAAGAACAGUAAAAUACUAUAUACCCAACAAACACCACUACUUUUUCUCCCACAGCACACUUCUUGCUACCUUGUCUCAAAAUUAGAGGCAAUAUCCUCAUCUGGACCUUUAAAAAUCCAGGAGAUUAGAUGAGCCCAAAUUCACAGUGAUAAAAAGCCAUCUGCAGAGACAUGGUUCUUUGCUUUUCUGAAAGUGUCUGAAAAACUAUUAUAGUUAUAUUUAUUUGUAAGUGGUUUUUAAUUUUUAAAAAAAUAAUAGUUGUACAAUUGUUUUUCCAUUUUUGCUCUACGUGAUGCUUAAAAAGUAACAGGCCAAACAUACGCAUUGCUAGUGGGGAGAUAAAAUGGGUAUUUCAAUAUGAGACUUUAAAGUGGUUUUAUUUAUAUUUCACUAGUAAGGUGUAAUUCUGAGUAACAAUUUAGCUGAGAGAGCUAAGUUGUUAAGGUAUCCUACUCUUAAAAGUAUCUAGCGGUGCCUUUUUGUUUCUUAUCAUAUUAUGAUGACGAAGACUAGAAAAUCUUGUGCUGGCUGAAGCACAGUUUGGUGUCUGUUGUGUAAGCCUCAGAGCUGUUUGGAUCUUGUGGUGUCUUUUUUAUUGUGAACUGCAAGGUUUAGCAUUUAAGGCUCCAAGUGCAAUACCUGUUUGGUUAGCUUGCAUGGGCUGCAUGAUGGAUUUGAGCUGAAAAGUUUUGAUAACACAGGGAUGUUUUAAUUAGGGCUGAGCAGUGCUUACAGAGUGUCAAGGCCUUUUCUGCCUCUCAGCCCACCCCACCAGAGGGGGGCUGGAGAUAGACAAGAAGUUGGGAGGGGACACAGCUGGGACAGCUGACCCCAACUCACCCCAGCCCAUAAUGCUUUUGUGCUCAGCAAAAUAAAAGACAUGGGGAAGAAAUUUGUCAGGGCUGAUGUUUCUCAGGGACUCACUGGUCAUUGGCUGGUAUGAGCAACUGUUCUUUUUGCAUCACUUGGUUUUCUUGCUCUAUUUCUUUUUUCCUUUUUCCUUUUUUUUUUUUUUUUAAAAAAAAGUUGUCUCAUUCUCAAUCCAUGAGUUUUCUAACUUUUGCCCUUCCUUUUCUCUUCCUACUGUGGGAGAUUUAGAGGCUCUGUGGUGCCUAGCUGCCUAUCAAGAUUAAACCACAACACAAGGAAAAGGCUUCUGGUCUUCACACGCUGCAAAAUGCAUUUUGUGGUGAGCAGAUAGGAGCUGCUGUAAUUUUGAGAUCAGCUGUGGCUCUGCAGAACACUCCAGAAUGGGUUUUACCGCUUGCCCAGCCCUCCCAUGAAUGUUGCUUUGUGUUAUGAUGUUUGCCAAUCUUGUCACGUUUGCCAGCCUAGUCACCAAACAAAUGCCACUUGUAAUUGGCUGACUCUAAAAUAUUUGCACAGUGAAGCCGUGAACUGCUUCCAGUUCAGUCAGAGCAGAGUUGUACGUGGAAUGCUGAAAUGUUGGGGCCAAAGUUCCCCUGGCUGCUCUGGGCCUACACAUGCUGCUGCAGCUAUGUUUUUUGUGGGAGGGUGGUGGUCUGGCCCACCGAUGCCAGCCACUGGAUCAAUGUGAAAGUGCUUCUGCAAGAGCUCGUUCUACGGGGUCAUGAAGUGACUGUGCUGGUGCCUUCAUGCAAUCUGCUCAUCAACUACCAGGACACCUCCUCGCCUUUCACUUUUGAGGUCCUGCAAGUCCCCUUUAGCCAGGAGACCCUUGAUGCCUCCAUGGAAGACUUCCUCAAUUUCUGGAUGAAUGAAGCCUUUAAUCUCUUCCCCUGGGAGAUCAUGUGGAAGAUGAAAGAGCAAUUGGAGGUCUUUACCAAUAUGUCAAAGCAGACCUGUGACACUUUGGUGAUGAACUCUCAGCUGAUAGCAAAGCUGCAGCAGGCCAAGUUUGAUGUUCUGAUCGCUGACCCCCUGUCUGUAGGCGGGGAGCUUGUAGCAGAAAUGCUAGAGAUCCCUUUUGUCUACAGCUUCCGCUUCUCAGAGGGGAAUGUGGUAGAGCGGCUGUGCGGUGGGCUCCCGUCCCCACCUUCCUAUGUGCCUGCCAGCACAAUGGGGCUCACACACCACAUGUCCUUUGUGGAAAGACUACAGAACUUCCUCUUUUAUAUUUUCACGGAUUUAUUUUUCCUGAAGUUUUGGCGAGAUGAAUGGGAUGGGUACUACAGUAAUGUCUUAGGAAGGCCCACAACCCUGUGUGAGACGAUGGGGAAAGCAGAGAUUUGGUUAAUCAGAACAUACUGGGACUUUGAAUUUCCACGCCCUUUCUUGCCCAACUUUGAGUUUGUUGGAGGACUUCACUGCCAGCCUGCAAAACCAUUACCAAAGGAAAUGGAAGAAUUUGUUCAGAGCUCAGGGGAACAUGGAGUCAUCGUAUUCACUCUUGGGUCAAUGGUCCACAGCCUAAGUGAUGAAAAAAGUAAUGUGAUUGCCAAAGCCCUCAGCCAGCUUCCACAGAAGGUUCUCUGGAGGUACAAAGGGAAAAAACCAGAAACUCUGGGCUCCAACACCAGGAUUUUUGACUGGAUACCACAAAAUGACCUGCUUGGCCAUCCUUUGACAAAGGCCUUUAUUACACAUGGUGGGACCAAUGGGCUCUAUGAAGCCAUCUACCAUGGGAUCCCAAUGGUUGGGAUUCCCAUGUUUGCUGACCAGCAUGACAACCUUGCUCACAUGGUAGCAAAAGGAGCUGCAGUUCAGGUGGAUUUCAACACAAUGAAGACACAGGAUCUGGUUGAUGCACUGAACACAGUAAUUUACAAUUCCACCUAUAAGGAAAAUGCUCUAAAGUUAUCCAAGAUACAGCAUGACCAGCCUGUUAAGCCUCUGGACAGAGCUGUCUUCUGGAUUGAAUUUGUGAUGCGUCACAAAGGAGCAAAGCACUUGAGACCAGCUGCUCACCAUCUCACCUGGUACCAGUACCACUCUCUGGAUGUUCUGGCAUUCUUGUUCACCUGUAUAGCCACUAUUGUCUUCAUUCUUUUCAAGUGCUGCCUAUGUUGCUGUAGAAGAUGUGGCAGGAUUGCAAAGAGGAAGACAGAAUAGACACCUUGUUUCCAUCAGCAGUUUUCUUCUCCUAGGCUGACUCAGCAAGGCAUUUAUGCACAUUGGCUGGUGAACAAGUUUAUUGGGAUGUGCUUUAAGCUGGGCUUAUCAUGAAUGCACCACAACAAAGCUGCUGUGGGGCAGAGCUGCUUGCUUAGCCAGCAAAUUCCUUCUUGUCUAAAUAAAACUAAAUUAUAGUUGCUUUAUCCCUUGGGACCAUGUUAGCUGAUCACACAUGGUCCUUGCCAUGGUAAUUGUUGCUCUAUAUUUUCAAAUAUCUCAAAUAUUUUGGUAUAUUUCAUAAAUUCAGCCUUGCCCUAUGGGUCUGCAGCUAGGCUGCUUAUCCUAACUCUGUCCUCUCCUCUAGUGUUAUGCAGGCUUGAUCACCGAUUCACAACCAAAAUGCCUCCUCUCUUGUUAGGAACUCUCCAGACUGGACAGUGAAUCCAAGAUCAGGGGCUCCUAAGAAGUGCCCAUCUGAAGGGCCACAAUCAUGGCUUGCCUUGCUGCAAGUGGCAAAUGCACUGACUACUUGGGGGCUGAGUGGAGAUCAGAAUCCUGAGACCACCAUAAACAUUACUUUCCUGGGAACCAUUUCUCUUUUCCAUUCAGUCAGGAAUUCUUACUGCACAGGCCAUCAUUCUAACUGCAACACUGCAGGGGCAUGAAAACCACCUCUGUCAGGAACUUGCCCACCUUAACCACAAAGGCCUCUGAACCAUAGGAAUUGAUAAAUGCAGGAAAACCUCCAGAGAGGGAACUUGCAAAGAAGUAACAUUCCAUGUGGAAACAGUGCAAUAGCCACUUGCCUUUCCUGAAGAGCUGGAGAGAAAAUAGUGCUACUCUUGGGUCAGACAGGAGUGGUAGUAAGCGUAGUGCCUCUUCAGGUGUUAAAGAUACCUGUAAAAUGCUGCUAGUCCAGGCCUCCUGUUCCAGGUAAGGUUAUUUCACUGCUGUGCCAGCUUACUCAAGAAAAAUCCCGCUCAGAUUUUAACUGAUAUUUUUAAAUACUCUGGAAUUGUUUUCAAACAGAACAUGAUUAUUUGUUUACAUAAUAAAAUUCCUUAUGCCACAUCAAGAUUUUUUUUAUUAGCAUUGUCAUGUUUCAACAUCUGCUUAAACUUCUUCAUACUACAACGCUUACAAAAGCUCAGCUGUUUCCAAACUAUACAGGGGUUACAAGAAGAAAACUGCAUAUCAUGGCAAUUUCUGGUAUACUGUUCCUGUUGUCAUGAUGGGAUCAUAACCAGGAAUAUGCACAGUGAAUAGAAAGGGGAACUGCAUGACACUAAGGCCCCAAAUCAGAAAGGGGUUGCUGUAACUAUUCAGAGAGGUGGGUGGGUCCCUAGGCACAGCUCCAUCAGGCUGGAUCACUAUGAGCUCCUGUCACACAGUUGCUGAGAUGCUGGUUUGGAUGCCAGAAGGCCAGCAAGCCUCCCAGCAUGCUGCACAGGUAUUGGUCAGACAGGGCUAACAAAGGACACAGGAAACAGGAUAGAUGGGAAAAGCUGGACAAAGUGCUCCACAGUCCCUGUAAGGAGGUGCAUCAUUUCUGUAACCUACUCUGAGUAAUUUGGCUUAUCUAGUACUGAAUUUAAAAACUAAAACAACCAACCAACCCAAACAAAAAAAAACUCGAAACCAAAACCCCUUCUUCAUUUUAGAGUCUGUAUACAAUGCAGAGAAAAAUAUCAAAGUACGAGGGUGGUCUGUGACACAUUUCUCCAAUUAGACACAGAAUGUAUUCUAAAUCUGACACACUGAUCUAAUCCUCCAGCUAGCAGGCAUUACCUCUCUGUGCACAAUAAACUGUGCUGAGGAGCCCAAACACAUAUUCAGCCUCAAGUUCUGCUUAAGGAAGCCAAACAUAUUUGUACAUUGGAGAUCUAACCUUUUGUCGAACAUAUGUAGAUGUCUACUGUGACUGUAGACUAAAAUAAGCAGAGCACAAACUAUUGCCAGAUCAAUAAACCACAUUUCCACAAAUGCCACACAGUGGCCAGUCCUAUCCUGGCAUUUGUAAAAAUAGCUGCAGCACCCAGCAGGGUGGAGCUGGGGGUGUUUAAAGCACAGUCUGGAUUUGUUACAUGAGGAGACACUGAAGGAAGUUUGAAAAAGUCUACCAAGGCAGUGCUACUCUUACAAGUUUUGGAAAGUUGGAAAUUGCUGGAUAAACUGAAGAACUUUCAGUACAAGUUUUAAUUUCCCCCCCCACACAUUUUUACCAUUGGCAUAGAUAAAACAUUUCUUAUUUAAAAGUAGUAACAAGUGAUCGCUACAAAGAACACAGGUACAGACUCUGGAUCUUACAGGACUAACACAUUCCUGAGACAGGUAUGUUGUGGCUGAGGACAGCCUCUCAACAGCUUGAAGAUCAUAUGAUUAAGUUGAAGACGUAGGGCCUUAACUCUGAUGAGCUGCAGGAGUUAUUGGCCACUUCACUAGGGAAACAGAAAUGCAAUUGCCUUUUAUAUCAAGAGUCCUUUUCCUAAAUUCAGGCUUCAGAUCAGUUUUGCUUACCACAAAGAACACUUGAACUAUUUCUGAACAUAGAUCUUUUCCUAGAACUCUGGAAUCUAGCCAAACUGUCAAGCUUAGAAAACCAAGAAACCCGACAUGGAGGUUUAAACAUUUCAAUAAUUACCAAUUUAUUUUUAUAAAAAAAAAAAAAGGUAGCAAUGUAGAAUACAGCAAUAUUUUCUGGUUCCACGCACGCAGGUUGUGAACAUUCCAAGCAAUGUGUACAUUUUGGAAAGAGACCAGACAAGAGAACUGACCAAAAUGUUACUGAACACAGGAAGAUUUUUAAAAAAGGCUAAAAAUUAGGCAUCAAUAGUGUCUUCUUAAUAUUGCUUUCCUUACUGAAGACUGAAAAUAAAUCACUUGACUUCACAGAUAGGGUUAAAAAAUGGGGGGGAAGGGGGGGGGGAAGGCUGCUACAACACUGCCAUACCGUCAAAAAAAAAA